AUGCCGAAACGUAAGAGGGAAGAUGAAGCUAGAGAUCAAGAUUCUCAAAUCGAAGAUCAAGCCCUCCGCAUCAAGGUCUCGCGAUUGAGGGCAAAACUCGACCAGGCCCUGAAGAGCUUGACUCCUGCCUUAAGACUUGCACGAGGUUUCGAACGGCAGAAGCUUGGUCGACGACAGAAAGCGGCCAAUGAUGACCCCCACACCUUACUACGGCUUCGCGAGGAAGUAAUCGUCCUAAAGCAACUGCAACUUGGUGAGACAGGAAAGAAUCAUCUCAUAAAGCAUCUCAGCCGGACGAAACGGAUACGAGAAAGCCCAGCAUUUAUUCAUAUUUAUGGGGAAAAUCCUUCCGUGGCCCCAGCUCAAUCUGGAGCGGAAGCUAAUGUUUUGGGUCGAUUGUUCAACUCUGCUCCUGUGAAACAGGCACUUGACGCGAUCAUGAAGAGCGUAUUCGGUGUUCUUGGAAUUCCUCGGAUUCAUAACACAAAUGGGGACCAGAAAACGAAAGAAAAGGGGAGAGGAAAGGAGCAGAUCGCCCUUGCUCCGGAAGACGACGAAUUCAAUGGCUUCUCAAGUUCUGCUUCCCACGGAGAAGUGCAACUCGACCGGAAGCCUCCACGGCUAGCCACAGAUGGAAGCGAGGAAAUCGAUCUCACUUUCGACCAUCGGCUUGCUCCCUCUGCUGAAGAUGGUGGUAAUAGCGAAGGUCUCUCUGAGGAUCAAAAUUACGAACAACGCGAUGUUUCCAUUUCCUCAACCAACUACGAAGAAGAUGUCAGCCUCUCAAACGAGAGGACCCAUGCAAAGCCGCGAGAUAUCACUACCACAUCCAAAACGGCAUUCUUGCCCUCAUUGAGCAUGGGUGGCUACUAUUCUGGAUCGGAAUCUGGUGGGGAUGAUGAAGUCGGCCGGCGGAGCCCUCCAUUGCCGGAAGGUCGAAAAAAUCGCCGAGGUCAAAGAGCUCGUCAGCAGCUAGCCGAGAAAAGAUUUGGCCAAAGAGCGAAGCAUCUCCAAAAACAAAAAACAGUCAAUCUGAGAAAUUCUGGUUGGGAUGCAAAGCGAGGUGCUGUGAGUCCUCCAGACAGUAUGGGCCAACGCACCAGACAAAAUCGACCAUCUCAGAGAAUCUCACGUGGUAAAAUUGCUGAAAAGGAUCAGGCAAAGCAGUAUCAACCAAAGUCCCGGGACGACCAAGGGUCAAUUCACCCUUCAUGGGAAGCAGCCAAGAAGAGGAAGAUGCAAGAUCAAGGUCAGAUUCAAUUUGCAGGAAAGAGAAUUACAUUCGAUUAA